UGCGGGGCAGGGUGGGAGGAGUGGCCGGGCUCACACAGGUUCCCUCUCCGGACACUUCCUCAUUCUGCUCCAACUUCCCUGAGUCCCAGCUGUGGGGACAGGUGGCUCUGCCGGGCGCGGUGACCAUGAGCCGCGUUCCGGAGAACCUCCGGGGCUUCCUGGCCCGGGCGCAGCUGGCGAUGUACCCGGCGGGAGAUGAUCCUGUGGGGAGAGAGUUCCAGGAAAUUAAGGACCAAGCUGCCGCCUUCCGGCAGGAUAAUAGUUGCUCCACGGAUGUGGGAGGAAGCCCGGAAAACCUGAAAAAGAAUCGGUACAAGGACAUAUUGCCCUACGACCAAACGCGGGUUCCGGUCACAUUGCUCGCAGACGAAACGGGAUCGGAUUAUAUUAAUGCAAGCUUUAUAAAGGGUACGGAUAACCAGCCACGAUAUAUUGCCACCCAAGGGCCGCUCAGCCACACGGUGGUGGACUUUUGGAGGAUGAUCUGGCAGUAUCAGGUUAAGGUGAUAGUGAUGGCGUGCCGGGAGGUGGAACAGGGGAAGAAAAAAUGUGAGCGCUACUGGCCUCUAGAGGAGGAUCCCGUCCAAUAUGGGGCAUUCGCCGUCAGCACGGUAACGAAGGUCAUGGUGAAUCCAGAGGUCGUGUUUCGGAAUCUCAAGGUGACGUUUCAGGAGGAAGUGCGGGAAGUCGGCCAUUUUCAAUACAUUGCGUGGCCUGACCGCGGGAUACCGGACUCUUACGCCUGCUUCCUGGAAAUGAUCCAACUGGUGCGUCAGCACCAAGGAGAGCACAGCGGUCCUAUGUGUGUGCACUGCAGCGCAGGUUGUGGUCGCACAGGAGUGAUCUGUACAGUGGAGUACAUCCAAAGCCUUCUACAGAAGCAGAGUGUUCCAAGUGACUUCAGUAUCUUUGAUAUUGUGCUGGAGAUGAGACGUCAGAGACCGUCCGCUGUGCAGACCAAGGAGCAGUACAACUUUCUGUACCACGCUGUGACCGAAAUGUUUGAGAAGCAGCUGAAGAAUCCGCAGUUAUAUGAGAACCUGAUGCAGAACAAAGCACCAUACUACGAUGAUGUCCAGCCCCUGCUAACCAACCCGCGGACCCACGCAGCCAGGAAGAAGGAGCUCAGUUCAUGCGUGUCUCUGCCGCCAGAUUACUCCAACAUGAGCGAAACGUACGCGGUGAUCAACAAGCGACCAACAGCCGUGGCCUCUAUGGAAUCUAUGAGUCUGCCCACCACCUUCAGCAGCCGAGGCCCAGCUUAUUCCGCUCACCAGUAUGAUAACGUCUGCCUACGCGCGGCACCCGUUCCGCCUGCUGACCAGCUCUACAGCACCGUGGUUCCUAAACCGAACCGGGCAUCCACAUGCGUACUAAUGCCAUCCAACAGUGUCCCCAUCUCUUCCUCCUACAGUCUGGCUGGAGCCCAAAGCCCUCCCGAGGUGCACCCUAAUGAAUAUAAUCAGGUCUUCCAAGUACCAAGUACAGCACAGUCUCCUGACGAUUAUGAAUAUGUGAAUGACGCCACCAAGGGACCUGUGCCGGCCAUUUCCGGGGGAAUCGGAUUUAACUGUCGCAUAGGCAAACCCAAGGGGCCUCGAGACCCCCCACCCGAGUGGAGCCGAUAAACGGACCAGGCAUAUGAUGUUUCCAUAGUAUUUGUGUCCGCCUGUGGCCUACACGUUACCCCUCACUGAUCUCGCUGCGCAGCAUCAGGAGUUGCAGAGAAACCUGCGCGCCGCUUCCUGUACUGUGACAGACCUCAGUAUUCCAGGCCAAACAUCAAAGGGAUCAUAUUUAAAAGCAAAAAUAAUGGAUUAUGUAAUUUAUAAGCGUUAAAGGGCAUUUGGUUAUUGUACAGUAUAAUAUGUCGCUGACACUUAUGUCGUGAUAACGUAGGCUGUGUGGUUUACAUCUGUGUAACGCCUGCAGGGGGCAUAACUAACAUAAUCCUCCCACUAGGGAGCAGAUUUAAUUAGCGGUGUGGAUCUAUAUUCUGUGACACAGGGGAAUGCGUGGGAGAGACUUUAUCAAAUUGUUAUACAAUGUUAUUUUAAUUUCUGUAUUUUUCUAGGCAGCUCUGCAGCCGCUGUGGAACUGGAAAACUGGCAGGGAAUUCUGAGACUUGUAGUUUCACAGUCGCCGGAGCAUAAUACAUUGACAAAUUGGUAUCAAUAUUAUAUUAAAAUAUUAUAUCUGAA